AAUGUCGAUCACAGCACAGCUGAAUGUUGUGUGACGUAUUCAUUGUACGUUACUCUCGCCUUGUGUCGGACCAAGGUGAAUAGAUUUUGUAUCGUUGUGCUUCCAGGAGAGGCAUUUCACCAACCUGCGCUGCCUAGCUCGAGUGCGAUAAGCACUCGGGAGUCGGGAGUCAAGGGGAGUCAGGACACUACCGUAUUGCAGGACUCAAGAUUCAGAGUCCAGACGUGUCGUAUUUGGUUUUGUGUGGCAAGAGCUUCGUUAUAUAAUCAAUAUUCUUGCUUCGCAACGCCUUAGAUCACGUAUGCUCAUCGUCUAAUUGCACACAGACUGACAAUGGCUCGUCAGCCAGUCAAGAUAACAUACGCACACAAACGCGGACGUGCAAAGGCCGCUCCAAAGUUCAUGUCCUCUCCACUCGAGGACCUCUCGCCUGAUCGCGACGAUAUCACGCGUUCAGAGAUGUCCAGGCGAAUGCUCAAGCGUUCUCGGGGAGUUGCUCAUCAAGACGAAGAUAGAGCGCGACCAAAGGGUCGUGCUGUCAAGCGUGUCAGGCAAACUGUUGAGCCAGAUGCUCUAGAAGUAGAAGCUGAUAUGAGUACGUUCCAAACGCCGUUCCCUUCCGCGGAGUACGUCCAUCCGUUGUCAGUCACGCGUCCACUGGUGCAAGAAGAGCUUUCUCCCGUACCAAGUGCCAAACGGAUCUUCUCGCGUACGAGCUCACGAAAUUUGAAAGAGAACAGCACGUCCCUCCCCCUUGCCUCACCUUUCCACAGUCGUCCCUCCUCCCCUCACCCUGGCUCCAUAUCCAAAGUGAAGGCGCGACCCUCUCGCGUUCCCCUGCAUUUGAAAUCCCGCACGCUCUCUGGUGCCUUCCAGAAAAAUGACAACGCAUAUACUCGCCGCAAACUCUCGCACAAGGACUCCACCGCAUCCCUCAACGACAAAAAGCUUUCCCGAAAAGGCUCUACCAUGUCCCUCAAUGAUACCAGGCUCAUCCGCAAGAACUCUACGCUCUCGCUCAACAAGAUAGCCAGAAACUCGCCUUCGAGCCAUCAACGUCGCCCCUUGAGCCCAGAUCCUUCAUAUAUGCUAUCUCAUAUUGCACAGCAAGACUGGAUCUCCCCGUCUAAAGCACUUACAAUCCAUGCAAGUAUCGACACGGGGUCGAUUAUCCGAUCCAAUUCGAUUCAAAUCGCUCUGGCAAUAGGACAGGCCUGGAGGCACCGAAAUCCCCUUCAAAGCUCGCAUUCCUUGCCCCUUCCCCAUACAUGGCUCCUGAUGAGGACUUUGAAAUGGUAUAUCACACCGAGCACCGCAAGGUCCGCAUCCCAGGCAAUAGCAUCAUCUCUUCAUCUGGCUCGUUCACGCUUAGGGCUCACCAAAUCCCUAUCGCACCCGACGUUGGUGAUGAUCACAAUGAUAGUGCCGGCAGUGCACCUAUGUCUAUUUCUCUUGACGUACGUCCUCACAAGGUCUCAAUGGGUGAAUACAUGGUUCCUCUGGUGUCUUCUCCUUUCCCUGUUUCGGACUUGGCUAUCUCCAAACCGCGGCGCAAGGUCUCGCUGGGUCGGAAUGAUUUAGGGCUUUUUGGCUCAAGCCCGCCGGUCUCCCCGGUGUCACCAGUUGUUGCAACACGCACUGCGAUUGGCCAACAAUGUCCCGCAUUUCCAUUCGGAUCAAGCUCGCCUGCUCCCGACUGCCCAGGUUCCGUCGCAAGGAGCACAGCGGACUGCAUUGCUAAUUUGUCUCCCCCGGCUCGUCGUGAUGCUACUUCAGGCGUGCGCGCGCCAAGCGAGUUUGAUUUGAUUCAAGAUAUGCUGUCGCU